CAAGUGGGUCGAAUAGGACUAGGGAGCUCGCUUCCAUCUACUAAAAGUUCUCUACGGGUGGUUGGUUUACAGUACAGACAGUUUCCUAGCUGGCACUUGAGAAGUGCUCGUCUAGUUUAGUGAUUCCUAGCGUAGAACCCUUCUGUAUGAGAAUAGUUUCCAGAUUAUGACCUUCUCUUUUGAUUGAGUGAAUAGCCAUGCCAUGGAUUCUCUUUUCUGGGCUAGCUCUAUACCAUUUCCAUUUCCAUUUCCAUUUCCAUAGUAAUAGUAAUAGUAAUAGUAAUACUGCCUUGGUGAAUCCCUUAUCUUGUUUGCAGCAUCAUUCUCGAUCCCCUUAUUCCCUUCCCAACAAGCAAGAAGGAAUCAUAUCCUACGGCUAACUCAUCCUUAUAUGGCUCCCAGAUCCUUUCCUUAAAGAGAAUAAAAGGCUAUCUCGAGGGAUGGUCAGAGAAUCGGUUUAUCUUCACGGCACUAGACGGCACCUUUAUGAGUGCGUAUAAGCUUGCUUUAGAGCUAGAGCGUGCAUCUAAAAUAGUUUCAUAUCCCUUUCCAUCGAUCUUUCUUGGUGCUGUAGUACCCAUUCCUGCUAGCUUGAUCUGGUGGCCAGGACUAUAUAUAAUAGUUUAUUGAGUGCUUCUUGGGUUGGUUCUCUUGAAGUGCAUAGCCCGGCCCCUUUUCUCUUUCUUCCAACGGAAAGGGUUCUCUUCUGGUAUGGAGUUCGACUAGAGCCUGCCGCUUUUCCAGGUUUGGGUGUGGGUGGAUCUCAUAUCUUAGAGGACAGGGCGGGGCUUAUUCCCAAGGUCAGGUCCCAUGCCGGUGGACUUGAAAUACGAAGAUCUUAAGCUAAGCUACGGGGCCGGGAAUAUACUCCAGGUUGGGAGAUCUGCCAUCGGGCAUGCAAGAAGCUAUGUGCGCAGGGCAUCAGAGGCUUACUCAAAUGGAACAUACGAAUCCAACCUUGCUUGACUCUCUUUUUCAUACUUGCCCUCGGGAUCAGUGGUAGAUUCGUAACGUUAUUACUCAUGGGUAGCAGAUGAUGGAUCCAUUUCUGUUGAAGCAGUGGAGUGAAGAGGAGGGUUGGGUCCCGCCUCACAACGAGCCCGGGUAGAUAGAUAGGUAGAUAGUAGAUAGCAGUCCGGAUAGUGAUAAAAUCUGAAAUAAUCUUCUUCUUGAUUGAAAGAAAGCCUGUGCCGGAAAUAGAGAGAGUUCUGCUCUUGGUUGACAUAGAUCGCUCUACUCUCGAAUUGACAUACAUAGAGUUGAAAACAUACUCCUCACAAAUGAUCAUAGUUCACUACUAAUGAGCUGAGCGAGUAACUACUAACGAGCGAGUAACGACUAAUGUUACGAGCAUAUUGACGAGCAAAAAGACGAAUCUACUUGGUUCAUAUCAUAUGUUCCGCUCCGUUGACAGGUUCAUAUAUGUACCUGAUGUUCAUGGAAACAACAGGAUGAUAAUCCGUUGAUGGGAAACUCACUUUGCUAUGCUAGGAAACUGACUAAUGAAACUAACAAGUUCAAGUGCUCUAGUCAAGUAGUAAGCUCCAGUGGGAAGCGCUAGUCCAGAUAGAAAGAAUAGACAGGAGGAUUGCCAGGUUGGUUCCGCACAGGUGCAUAUCUGUAGCACGGGAUUCCAGAUCGUUGGUACCCGAUGUUCAGUUCAUGGGAAUGGGAAUGUAGGAAACUCUCUCUUCCGUCCGGAACAUAUAGAUAGAUUGAUUGCUGUAGCAGCAAGUCAACUAGAUCCAGUGAGGAAUGAGAACCUUUCCGGGGGCAAGGGGGGGCGAAGCUACUAGCUACUAUUACUAUUGGCUAUGGAUGUCCUAACACGAACGGAGUCUAUACGAGCAGAGGAAAGCGAAGCGUAUUGGUUGGUUCGGAUUUCAGCUGGUUCUAUUCUAAUCUAACUAGACUCGCAUCAUAAGUUUGCCUGCUUUCAAAUCCCGCGAAAGUACUAGUACUAGUACUACUGGCAGCUCCUAUAUGAGGUUGAUGCCACGAAGAUUAUCAUAUCUACAUGAAAGGAAAGGAAAAUGAAUGUGAUGCACACUAGAAAAGAUACCAAGCAAGAGGAUGUGCGCAACGUCGCGCUCGAAAGUCUUGUCUAUGAAACCAAACCAACCCUAGUUCCGUGAGGAGGAAGACUCUCUUCGGUCGAGGGAUGGAUGGACUAGUGCCGUAAGGAUGAGUGAUGCUAGAGGGAAGUAGAUCAAUAGGUGCCGCUUGCUUACUACAGUGACAAGGAAAUCAAACAAAGUAGUGGCCAGUCUCAAGAAUGGGUGAGUCAAGUAAACUUGCCAGUAUGCCGGGAAGCCGGUAAUGCGAGGGUAUCUCCAGUCGAAAGGAUGCCGGAUCCAACUAAUACGGCUACGCUUGAGGUGAGGAAGAAGAGUGCUCCUACUCCUACUUCAGCUUCUAAGAAUAGGCCGGCCCGGUGCUAACUCCACCUUCCGGACUGCCCUUCAUCGGCACGAAAGUAAGAUUGGACAUGAUAGACGGAAGCAGAAUCGAGGCAGUAUCAGUUUCCAGGUUUCGAGGAAGGAAAUGAAAUGUCCGCGGGGCUCUCUUAUCUUCUUAAAGGAUGAGUGUGUAUACAACCAACCUAUAAUACGUAUUUUCGAGGUUCCUAUGCUAUGGUAUCCAGGUUCCCGUCAGGGAAGGGAUAGGGUGCCGUGUUUUCCACAGAACAGUCUGGUGGAAUCCAGUGGUAUAUAGAAGCUCUGUGCCCUUCUCUUUCUCCUGCAGCAAUAUGAACUCAAAGGGAUCCUUUCCUACCCGGGACAGCUUCAUAGCUCCUACCUUGACUCUUGAUUUGCGCAAGAGUGCUCGUCAGUGAUCUCCAUUCACAAAAGUGGAAAGGAAUGUUCCAUUGCCACGAACAAUAUGGGCUUUCUCAUGGAUUCCCCUUUUUCUUCUACACAUUAUACUAAUAUAAUUGGAUUGGGAAUUCGCAGGAAUGGGUAUUGAGAGGAGGAUCACCAUGGCCAAAACAGCUCUUGUCAGCGACAAACUCUAUGAUUUGCCAAUUCCAAUCGAUUUGCAUAUCAGCAAGCAGGGAUGAGCACAUCUGGAAACCUUGACUUCCUCUGGAUGCGGACCAAUAUAUGCAUAAACCUUCGUUGGCUGGGUUCUCGUUUCUCAUCGAGAGUGUUGAGACUAUCUUUCAAGGAAGCUUCCCAGCAUGACCUUUCCCUGAAUUGGCGUAUAGUGAGGUGAGUAUCCGGGUAUCAUGACAACUCCAGUCAAGCACUGGGCAAUACCGGCACUUAGAUGGAUUAGAUGACUUUUGAUGAUCUGCCUUUACUCGCGGGCACUGGCCACUUACAGAACCUAUACAUUUCCAAAUAGGAGAUGAGAGAGCCCUUGAUCCGGCGCAUGACUCUCACGAAUGAGAAGCUCAAUAGCCAUCUAUCUAGAGAAGGAACUAAUGCCACUGAUAGGAAAUCCAUAGACCGUACGCCCACUUACCACUCUACCACUUCAAUUCCAUGACGGACUUCACCGAUACCUAGCUUGAGAGAGAUCGAUCACUGGCAUGUGGCGUAUAUUUCCGAGAGAAAGAGGACUUAAAAUUCACCUUUACCCCUUCUAUCACUAGAAGUAAAGUUCGAUGAGCUCUUAACGGAGCUAUGCCUACUUAAGUAUAAGUGUGUGUGCUAUGGAAUAGUGCCGAGAAUAGGUGUCUUUCACAUGGAGUGCGCCGGGAAUAGGUGUCUUCUUAGAGGUGCCGUGACUGUGGGGUGCCGGGCCGGGCCUAUCCUCUAUUUACGAGAAUUUAGGAGCAGGAAAUAAUAUAGCUAGUGAUUAUCCAGAUCUAGAUGAGUAACCUUGGGAAGGUCUCCGCUUUCUCUUUAUGUGGGCCUAUUCUAUCACGCACGACUAGAAUGCGACGAGCAGACUUCAACCGGCAAGCAAGCAAAUACUUCUCUUCUUAAACCGGUCUUAGUAUUUAGUAUAAGGGAGGCAGGUCAGAGAGUUGGGAGCUAAGGGCGUAUGGUCGAGAAUGAAUGGGUCGAGUUGAAUGCCUUGCCAUUUCCGUAUUGAUCUGCGUGUGUCACAUGGAUUUUCUCAUUGAAUUCAUAGCCGGCGGAUGCGAGACACACCUCUUUCCCAAGAUGCCUCAGCAAUAUAUCAGAUAUGGGCUUCCUUUUUCUUUGCUAUUGCUAUGGGAAUUCAUACUUUGAUUAGCUUAGAACCGACUCUUCUAUUCCGUAUAAUCUAUCCUUGCUAUAUAGGAUUUUAUGCUCAGUCAUUUCAUUCAUUCUAUCGAGGGUGCGGAAGUCCUGCAAAUAGCGGAUCAACUCUCUUCGAAGGAUAGAUCCGAUGAGUAUGUGAAUUGGUUCGUGGAUCGUAGUCAAACAAGUCUUUAUGCCAAUGGGAAAACGGAAUUGUCCAUAAGAAAGGACCAGAAAAAUGCACAUUGAGAAUUCGGAGAUUUCCUUAAUUUCGAAUCAUUGUGUCCACUUUGGGAAAGAUAAAUUCGCAAACAGGUACUGAUCCAUUUGGUUAGCUGGAUAGGAGCCGCACACGAUCAUCCUGUGAAAUAUUCUAGAAAUAACUGGACCACCAUACAAGAUUUUAUGCAGAGUCCGCCAAAGUCAAAAGACAGUAGGAAACCCCGGAAAUCAAAAGGUCUCACUAGAGAUUCCCACAAACAAAAGAGAGAUUAGGAAGACCGCUCCUUUGCGAACUUGGAUGGCAUGGCAUUUUCAGCAAUCUGUUUUGUGGAUGAUAUCCUUCCAUACCAGGAGGAUCUGCUGGAGAAUCAAGGGUCCAUUCCAAUAGACAUAGUGCAAGAGAAGAGAAUUGGGUGACUUGAAUAUGCAGCAAUUUGCCCGGCUAUGGAUAGGCAGGCAUUCCUUUCUAUGGGCCACCCACUGCUCCUAAUCAAUAAAUUGCUUUAGGACAAGAGUCAUGUGUGACCAGAUUGGAAACCGAAUUCCAUUCCUGAUGAGAAGAGAAACUAUCUGAUAUUCCUCCUAUUCCGGAAGGUUUUCUAGCCACCUGCUUAGAGAUUUGACGGACUACCAAUCCAAAUAGCAGUCAAGAAAGAAUCCAAGUUGCAGUCAAGAUAGAUGGAAUGGACUAGGGCGCAAGGAAAGAGAUCCAGAACGAGACCGAUCAUUCAUUCCCUCUUUCUCUGGCCAAGCUAUUCAACUGUCGACUAUUCUCACUCCCCUGCCCCUGCUAGACUCAACUCACACAUAUCGACUCCACUGGAGAACCUGGGACCGGCACACUCAGUUGAGAUGAAGUCUGUUGACUGCCGUUGAUUCUCUAUGUGCUCAGGUGCUUCAAGGGCGCGACUACCCGAAUAGAGAUUGUCUAAGGGCAAAGCAAAGGUUCCGCCUCAGGCUUCGAUCACAUGGAGGAGGGUGUUUGUGCUGCAAGGGAAACUCUUUUGGCGGGUCUGAUCUGGCGCAUUGGAGAUGGUUUAAGCACAGCAAGUUUGGGUGGACUACUGGAUCCCAAGGUUCGAAGAGAGAGAAAUUCCCUAAUCGGCCUAACUCGAUUGUGAGGGAUCUACGGAAAGCUGAUGGGAAGUCAUGGGAUGAGCAAGUAGUGCGGAAUGUGUGUCUUCGUUGUGAUGCCGACGAUAUCCUUAAGAUAGAUUCUUCUACCGCGGGGGAAGCUCCAAGGACUUAAGUAAGCCAACUUCAUCCGGUAUUGAGGAGUCCGUCCCCCAAUUUCCCACGCCUCUUCGUUCUCCCCAUUUAGCUAAGUUAUGAGUUCGCAAAAAAGAAAUCUGAUUCUAGAUCGGGUUGGAGUCGAGUUGCCAACUAAAGGCCCAGUCAAAAUAACCUACUGGGUUGAAGCUACUGGUAUAAGACCCGGCCUCUCUACUUGGACUAUCCUAUACGUUACCCGCUUUAAAGUGCCAGUCUUCUCAUCUCGAUAACCAAUCCAGGUAAGAUUAGAUCCAUGCUUAUACGAACUCAAGAAAGUAGCCCUUGCCCUGAACCAGAAUCAAAGCAAACUCAAUCCUCACAACUUAAAGGAGAAACUAGGAAAUAGAGCUAGAUAGGCUCUAUACACGCUCGAAAAAUCAUAGUAAAAUAUAGAAGUGAUGAAUGCUGUGAAUAUUCCUUUCUUCUCCGUAAAAUUGAGUCUAUCAAUCAGUCCUUUUCUGAACUGAUUUCUAUAGCCCUGCUUCCCUCCCGCAAUCGGAGUGAAACUACCAUAAAAUAAAAGGUUUGUCUGGAAAAGAAAUAGUGCCACUGGCAGCCACUAUAUGAGUGAGAUAGACUUGAUUCUUUCUCUGGCUGUAGAAUUGACAUAGAACUAGUUUUUCUUCCCAAGGCCCAAUUCUUAAUGAUUGAGGAAAUGCACGCUCACAUAAUGGGAAAAUCACGUAUAAUCCUUACGAGAAAUCUCCUACUUUCCUGGAAGUGCGCCAGUUCGAGAAAUAUCGUUGAUAGAAUGAAUGCUCUUACGCGCUAAUGAAUGAUGACUUAUUUAAAGAAUUUCUUGAUAUCUUGCAGAAUGGUUUUCAUGCUAAUCUGAAUGAAUUUCAACUUAUGCGCUAAGAGAGACUCUGGUGGAAUCAAACCAGUCUCUUGGGAAAAUAAAAUAGAUGGCCAAUGAGGUGGAGACAAACUUAGAAAUGGAUGGAUCUCUUUGUCAGCUUCUUGUUUGAGAAAAAGAGUAGUGACUCGCUGGAUUGAGAUUUCUAGGAAAAAGAGUUGCGAACGAAAUCCUACACUCCCUGUAGGUGGGGCUGGGCGAGAAAGGGUCCCCUCUGAAGCCUAUAAGUUAGUAAGCAGGCCAAAUAUUCCACCGGGGUCUUUCUUAGCAAACUCAUUGAUGGCAGUACCUAACUAAAGAAGAAUAGCGCUCUUUCUUUCUUUCAAUUACGUUUCUUGAAUGGUUCUGCACUUAGAUCAGUCAGUACACACGAAACCCUUUAAUCAAGUGAGUGCCACUUUAACUCAGCUCUUUCCUAGUGAUCUUGAUUGUCCCUAGAAGCAUCUCUUAUUUUCAUAUAGAAAUUCCAUGGUUUUGUGGUCGACUGCACAGUUGAGAGAGAAGUGCUAUUGAUUUAAAGAAAUCCUCUUCUAGAUCGGGUUGGAGUCGAGUUGCCAACUAAAUGAGAUCACAGUAGGUUAGCCUCUGCAGUCGAAACUAUCUAUGCGUGCGAUAAAGUAAAGUAAAGUCGGUCAAUCGAUUAAACUAUUUCUGUAUAGGGGCAGCCGGGCCGUAUUAGCAAGCGUGACGUGCCGGACUGACCCAGCACGUCUUUCUUUCCUGGCAACAGAAGAUGCACAAAGUGGUUUCAGUAGCACUACCGAGUUCGCAUCAGCGAUUUUAUCACCAAACAAGCAACGGAUUGAGCAACUAGCGCUAGGCGCAUCCUCUUGCUUGGAAUCAAUGGGUUUUGUCAAUGAAUUAAUCUAAUCUACCGGCAUCGGAGGGAGCUGGAGGAAAUAACACUUUUUGAUGGACGGGAGCGGGAGGGAGUCAAUUACAGAAAGAGUAGAGACGGAUAUGGGGACUGUAGCUCCGACCAUGUCAACUAUGAUGCUCUCGCUGCUGCCAGUCCUUUCACCAGUGAAUGCUGUCAUGCGCUACUUCCCGAACCUCCGUGUCUAGGUCCUGCCGAAAAAGACUGCAAAUGAUUUACCAUCCAUCCCACUCAUAUAGGUACGUUAUCGGAUUUUUCGGAUCGGGAAAUGGAUCGAACCGCGCGAAAUGGUCGCCUCGGAAUACAGUACAGGGCGCAACGGAACCAAGGUUCUUUGUUGGCGUGUUGCGUAACAAGGGCAAGAGGGGGUGGAAGCGUUCGCCGACUUUGAUAGGCAACGCAUUGCAAGCAAAUAGAGCAGAGAGCUGACCCUUAGUUUCUAUUAGAGUCGCGAGCUUGUUGUAGUCGGUCCUAAAGGGAAAACCUUGCAGCUUACUUGCUAUAUCCCCGCGUCCUUGCACGGCUCGUUUUCUUCGAGCCCUGCUUCUCCCUUCCCCCUCUCCCCAGGAACCGACCGUUUGGAGUAUAGCCAAGUGGUAAGGCAUCGGUUUUUGGUACCGGCAUGCAAAGGUUCGAAUCCUUUUACUCCAGAGCAUACUUACUUAUUCUAGUUCUAGAAAAAAAAAGAAAGUAUCAUCCCUAAAUGAAAGUAGAUUUACAUUCUUAUUCUAUUUCUAGGGGGAAUGUUGAGGCAAACUUACGAUGCUGACAAGCUGGUUAGGUGCCGAGUUGGAUUAGACAUCGCAGGUUUCAGUUUAAGAAUUGGGAAGAGGUUAAGAACCUAGUGGAAUCCACUGCGAGGGGAAGAUUAGGGUAGAUGAGUACCGAGCGGAAGAAGAAACCUAUCACGGCUAAUUCCGUGGUUCAAGAUGUGGUUUCCUGUGCGUACCUUGAGCUGCUGGAGGAAGAGGACGGGUGGGAUGCCUGUAGAGAAGUGCGGUCAGAAACCAAACCCAUUGACUUCUUAUUGUUCUUUAGGGUGAAGUCAGAUUCGUAAAACAAGGCAGCAGAUAAGCUAAGGCGAUACAUAACUCUCCUCAGUUUAGAAGACGAUAUCUUUCCCCCUUAAACCUCAAGGAAGAGAAGGGCUAAGCAUAUACCAGUGUUUUCCCAACGGCACGAAGCGAAUCUUGCAAGCCCUACGCCUAGAUUGAUAUUCACAAGAACUACUACGUACGGUAUUCACAAGAACAAUAAGUUGAGAGGAGGAGCAAUAAAACAGGACGAAAGCAGUGGGAAGAAAGCGAUGCCCGGGCGAUGGUAGUACGAAAAGCUCGACUCCUUUGGAUUCCGGAUUAGAAGUAGCUCCGGCUGCGGCUAGAAGGCAGUUAUCAUAAUUUGAGGAUGAUGGAUCAAGCUAGAUCGUAUUAUAAAGGAACGAGGCCCAUCUAUAUCUAUAUCUAUAGUAGGUGGGUCCCAGCUCUUUUUUUCACGAGGGUCAGUGCUAAAGCUCCUAAGUAGUCCACUAUACAAUAAAAGAAUCGAAGCCAGAGGAAACAAGUGAAGGUGGAUCAGCGAUUCCUGCUCAGGUGGUUCCAAAACUAUAAACUAUUCCUCUACUCGCUAUGCGAAAAAAACCUGAUAAAAUAAGUAUAGUCUAGAUCGUACUCAUGAAACUCAUAUAAGAACAAGGUAUUGAAAUUCAUCUUUACAGAUCGGAGGAAGAGUAGGUUAUUCAGCCCGAGACUCGAGAUGAUCGAUCUUGAAAUGAGAAGAGAAGGACCCACCCAAUAAAUAAACUAUUCCAAUGACUUUGUUCGCUUCCCCUGAGGCAACGGCUGUACUCGGCACACAGACCUGGCUUAUGAGCAGGAUUUUUCAGCCAAGCCAAGUGCGUAUGGUUGCUACCUGUAUUCUGAUAGGCCACUUAAUGACACUGGCUCCCAGUUAUUGACUUAUGAAGAAUGGCUUCUCGAUGGAAGAGAAACAAUAAUAGGAAAAUAGGAAGCUGCAAUCAGAACCGGCUAACUAGACAAAAGGAGAGAGAUUGGCUCAGUUCAGUAGGAGGAAUUUCUACCGAUUAUUGAGUGGUUUGUUUCCUUUCCCCUGAAAGGUAAAAUGGUUUAUUUGCACCUGUAGUGGGACACCUCUCCCAGCUCCCAGCCAGGGUUCAAGCAGGAAACUAUGUUAAGGAGCUGAUCCGAAUACAGAUACAAGGCCCCCACUCAUCACAACGAACGGUGAGCUUUCCCACUAGCCUUCACAGGAGCAGCACAAUCAUGGCCAAAAACAAAAAAAAAGAUAUCGUAGUACGAGAAAACCAAUGGCAUUUCUCUAUUCUAAGUCUAAGUCUAAGUAGUUUCUUCUUUUCUUUUUAGAGGACCUGGCCAACUCUAAUUCCAAUGCUGCAAUCCUAUUGGUUUACUGAAUGAGGGUGGGUAGACCGAAACGCUGAAGUGUUGUUAUUUACUUCCUUCGAUAACAUAGAUUGUCCACUCUUAUGCCCCAUGCAUAAAAAUGGCUUGUGCUUUAGAAUAAAAGAAUAGAAAAAAAGUAGGUGGAUCGGGAUCGCUAUUACGAGUAUUCGAGUUCUUGUUUUCCUUUCCUUGGAAAGGGAAUUAUUUCAUGAGAAGUGCACCGGUAGAAAUUGGACUAAAUAUGAUCUUGAUCCAUAGCUCGUCCACUUUCUUGAUAAACGACUCGAUGCAUUGCAUUUUCUCUUCCUUGCCGCUGAGACAUAUCAAAAAGAUCUAUUACUAAAAGGAGAUUGGGAUCAUCCUGUGGUUACCGGAUGAUGGGAAUAACUAAGCAGAAAUUAGGAAAUGAGCACGAAAUGUCUAUAAAUGAAUUUUCUCAUUAUUUGUUAUUUCCGGGUCUUUUCGUUGCAUUCACUUACAACAAGAAACAACCACCAGCGUUUGGUGCAGCACCUGCAUUUUGGUGCAUUCUUCUUUCUUUCCUUGGUCUUUCGUUCCGUCAUAUUCCAAAUAACUUAUCUAAUUACAACGUAUUAACCGCUAAUGCACCUUUUUUUUAUCAAAUCUCAGGGACAUGGUCUAAUCAUGAGGGUAGUAUUUUCUCAUGGUGUUGGAUCCCAAGUUUUUAUGGAUUCCUUUUUUGUUACCGGUACCGGGGUCGACCCCAAAGCCAUAAUGUCUCAAAACGCAGAGGCUAUAGAGAAACUUUUAUUUUUUCCUUUGUCUCGAACUUCGUGAAGAACUCCAUUCUAUCUCUCCAACAAAAAAGUGGAGCUGCGCCCCAGUUGUACACUCCCUUCGUUCGGAGAACCCUUGUUGAUUCUGAACUUCGUUCGCAAAGUAAGCGUCCUUUUAACGGGCCAGCCCUUUUUAAUGCGCCGCUUGACCCAGUUUUGAAAAUGAGCUUUGCUCUUCUGGGCGCUGGGCGCUCCCGUGGUUCGCGAGAAGGAAAAAGGACUAAUCUUUUGUUACAUCUGGCACGAGAUGAAAAAGAGAGAGCUUCGUCUAUCGAUGAACAGCAGAUUGACGGAGCUCUUGGCAUUGCUUUGUUUUUCUCUCCUUUCCUAUCAGCGAGUUCCGAUCCUUUUGUUCGAAAUUUCUUCGUUCGUACCGAACCGCUUGCAGAAUCAAAUCCUGUUCCACAAGAUCCUAUAUCAGCUAUACAUCCUCCUUGCAUUUAUGCCGGAGACGUCGCCAGUGCUAUGGGCUUUGGGUUAUGUAGAUCAAAAAUGAUGAAUGGGAUUGUGGCACUCCACUCGCCGCCAAUGCGGAAGGAUGCCGCCGAAAAGAAUGGAACGCUGCUUCGCUCUGCUGGAUGCGUCGGAUCCCAUAUAAGAAGCUCGCUCUUUACCCGAUCAUUCAAACAUUUUGUGGGCGGCGCGCCUGCUCUAUUGUUGCGUAGCAAUAGAAGCCUGCUUCGGCGGCGCUUUUUCGCCUUCUCUUCGCUCUGGACAGGAGCGCUAAUGGACACGGGGAGGGAGCAGGCGAAGCGUGUUGUCGUUCGUAAUGGAAAGAAAGACACCACUACUUCGCCUCUUUGUUGGACCGCCGGCGCGAACACAGUGGUCUCUGACCAGGACCAGGAACCAAUUCGAAUUUGGAUCUUGACAUGUUGGUUGUUUUUAACCGUAGGCAUCUCGCCAGGAAGUUGGUGGGCUCAUCAUGAAUUAGGUCGGGGUGGCUGGUGGUUUCGGGAUCCCGUAGAAAAUGCGUCUUUUAUGCCUCGGGUAUUAGCCACAGCUCUUAUUCAUUCAGUAAUUCUACCCCUUCUUCAUUAUUGGACCUCGCUUCUGAAUAUUUUGACUCUUCCAUGCUGUGUCUCAGGAACCUUUUCAAUACGGUCCGGAUUGCUAGCUCCCGUUCAUAGUUCUGCUACAGACGAUACACGAGGAAGAUUUUUAUGGCGGUUCUUCCUUCUAAUUACAGGCAUAUCUAUGACUCUUUUUUACCAGAUGAAGCAGGUCCGUAGAACCUAUAAAAAAGAGAUGGUUGUGGCGCGAAGUACUCUUGUGCACCUACGUCACCCGGCUCGCGCGCAACCCCGCCCCGUUAUGUUAUGGAAGAAUUUAGCUUCUUGCUGGGCUGGUUAUUCCGAGCCAGCAACUGGCUGGCUGCCGGAUUUCGUCCCGUCCGUAGCGCUUCGGAAGUCACUCUGGCGUGGCGCUGCUGGAUACUUCUGAUCAAUAGGAAUAGGAGGAAAAAAAAGCUUAUGAUGAGCAUCUAUUGGAGUCGAUCAUUUCCAAGAUCUAAUUCGAGUUUCUUAUUAUGUAGUGGAAACGCCUUACAAUCUUCAGUUUUACGCUUACGCUUAAGGGAAGAAAUGUUCUUGGUGGAUGCAGGCCUUGGUACCCCAAAAAUUUGUAUGCAAGAUGAGCUUACAGGACUGCCAAUCAAGCGAGCCACCAGGUUUGAGAAUAAGGUGGGAUCCAAGAAUGUAGUGGCUGGUGAAUCACUGAUCAAAAAGCGGAUUUUUGAGAGAUUCUUCAUCGAUCUAGUGGCCGGUGAAUCACUGAUCAAAGAGCGAGCAGCCGCCGGGUUUAAUGAUUUUGUGGGAUCCCUGGAUGUAGCGGCUGGCGAACCGCUUCUUCUUCCACAAAGAUUCAGACAAAACCGAGCUUGGAUAGAACUGAAGAAGAUUUGGCGAACGAAGAAAAAGGUAAAAGGGUUUCAAAUUAAUAAAAUAGAAGGAGGUUAUUCAGUAGCCAUCGCAGGUUUCAUUACUUUUCUUCCAUUCAAAGCUAAAAAAAUAAAAAGGAUAGCGAAUGCUCGAUUCGCCAUUGAUAGCUUUAUCCCUAAAAGGAGGGAUAUUGUGAUAAGGCAGAUUCAAACAAGAACUUAAUGACAAGAUAGAAAAAAUUAUUAAUAAUCCGAAGCCCACCUUAAUCCAUUUUGUUGAGGAUCUUGCACUUAUUCCGGCCCUAUAUUUACAUAGCCAAGAAAGGCUCUGGUGAUCAUGCGUGACUGCGGAGCGCCUAUCGCCCUGGCACGGCACUCAAAAAUGCUGGGUUGGGCCAGCAAGAAGACUUCGACUAGGGAGACGAAGAAUGGAAUUGAAGAAGGCAGCAUAGUCUAAGAUAACAGAAUGGAACACCAACCAACGAGUAAGUGGUGGAUUUGGAUGGAGUCUCGCAGAAGAAGAGUACGCGCGCUAGCGCGCCCCAAGACGUCAGUCCUUUUUCUGCUUGCUGGCCAAGGUCAGUUUACUGAAUCCCUUCCAAACACCAACCCAAUCUCCAUUCCUUGAUGGGAAAUGAGCAAGACCAUAUGUUUCUAAAAAAUAUAGCCCCUAUAUAAACCUAGCCCUUACUACCCGAACUUCUGACCUUCAAAUAGGACUAACUGCCCGAACCCGCUUGCUUAUCUUCUACGAUCUAAUUAAGUUAAGCAGUGGUUAUUUUUUUUUUAAGUGACUAGAACUUCUAUUAACUACUAUUCUAGCACCCAGCUGUGCCAUGUGUUUAUUCUAUUUUGCAGGUAUUCCUUUGAAUAACUCAUCUUUUCAGGUAAGAAAAUUGGAAGAUCUUCUUAGUCAUAGUCAGCCUAUCUGUAUUCUUAUCCUAUAGUGCGGAUCCAAUCAGAUUUUAUGAAGCCAAGGCCUGACAUCCAUUGUGGGGAUUUUUAUCGGGAGACAUGGCCUGGUGGUUUCUGAUCGAGAUUCCUAAUCAAUAGGGCGAAGAGCUCUUCGCAUGAUCUGGUCCUACCUUUUUUUUUCUACGCUAUUUUUUUUCCCCUUCUCGGCUGCUGUCCUUACUCCGGAUAAAUUGGAACACAUUGAUUCCGUUCGUUCCUGCCCUUCGCUUCAGGCCAUAGUGCUUCUGAAUUAUUUCUAUACCCCUUUGAUGAUGCAGCCUCUGACUCUCGUGGGUAAACUCCUACUUGAUUAGUCAGAACUUCUCUGUCUCAACUCGUGGACCUAUCUAUCUUCUUCUUUAUAAGAGAUAGGGGUUUGCUAUUCUCACGGAUUGCUCAUAUUUAUUUACCCUACCCCAUUUCAAAGUUUGUGCCUUGUUUCAGCCCGCCCUUCCUUCAUCUGAACCUUCCAGUACUAAUCUAUCUUUAUGGGGAAGACCCCUCAUCUGACCUCCGAGCUACCCUGUCAAUUGUAAAAAGUAGUUGAGUCGUGUCUCGCAGGAGCAAAAAGAGUGAAAUGAGGACGUAAGCCCCCCACCCCAGGUCUUCCUCUUCCUUCUAAACUAAUUGCUUUCGCUUGACUCUUCCAGUAAAAAAGUAUACUGAGUGGUUGAAGGAAAGCGAAAAGGAAUGGCUUUUUCAUGUACCAGAUCCGGUGAGCCAGACAUCAAGCAAAAAUGGACAUACAAUCAAAGAGUAAGGAGCAGUUAUUUGCCGGGUGGAUUGAUCAGAGCUGCAAGGGGAGACUCGGUUAUGGUGCGAUAAAGAGCUUGCUUCAAUGCUCGGAUUCAGGUAGAAAGUAAGAGCAGUAGCAUAUUCAUAGGAGAGCUUUGUACUUUAAAUUAGUAGUCCCGGUAGUUGGAAAAAAGCUCUGAAUACAGAUUCAAAACAUCAAGAUAGGUAGUCCGAUCAUUAGUUGGCCAGUCAUAGCAAUUUAAGUAGAAAGCUAGCUUCGGGAUCAGAUCAUUCAACUAAAGCUGUCAGGCCGGGUAGGCUUUGAGGAACAUUGGGGGUUCCUUAUGUUGUGACUGAGCAGAUAUGUCUAUUGUGCCCGGCAAAAACGGAUUUGCAAGGAGUUUGCCAAAGGCUUUCUCAUUCGGAAAAACAAUUCAAAGUAUAUUUCCCUUCUCCAUUCUCUGCUCGGAUGAUUGCCGCUUGUGUGAAUUUCAUUGCUGCGGGUCCCGCGUGUGCUCGAAUAAGAUUGUUUUAGGAUUCUAUUUAGUUGAAUUUAUUGACUCCGCGGUGCUGGUUAUCGAGUUUAUGGCGCCGCCGACCAUCCAAUCCAAUCCAAAAAGUAAAAGAUGGCGUCGGCAUUUACUUAUUAUGCUCUCUUCUAAUAUAAUAGUGGUCCCCCAGGUUGGUAUUCAGGUUGUAAAAUCCUGAUAGGAAAGAGUCGACUGUUAGACCUUGUUUUUGUAAUGGCCUAUCUUCUUUAAAAAGCCGAAAGAUAAGGAUUUCUAAAAACUUUUGCGUUCCGGAUGCUGGUCUCAUGUUUGAUCUGGUAGCGAUUAAAGAAUGAAUCUUGCUCUGGCGAUCAUGGUGGGAUUGGUACACCUCUAUACGCUGUAAAAUGAAGGUACUCUUUAGUUCAUGCUACGACCGCCGAUUGUUCCUGUGACCACACGCCGUACCAACAGAAAACUAUCAACCUAUCGGUAUGGUUUGUUGUUCACGUGUUAUGAUCUCGCUCAUCAGAUUGUUCCCCCCUCCCCUGGUCAAUGGCGGUGAGUUGAUUGACCAAGGCCUUCCCUUACGACGAUGGAAUUUCUUCCAUCGGCAAGACUUUGUUUGUCUCCUUCAACUUUAAUGAAAAGCCUAGUCUCUCGAUACUAACUAAUUAGUUAGGAGAGGUGCUUACUUUUCUUUUGUAGUUAAGGAUUCAUACCCCAUCCCAUUCCUUUUUCUUUUCAAAGAAAACCUUACCAUUUGAGUUUUGGGCCGCUGUUACCAUUUCCAUUUCCGGAACCUAACUAAUACUUAGUUGUUUCCAUUUCCUCAUCUGGUGAUAGAUCCUCAUCUUCUUCUGGCUCAAAUCCCUUUUUCAUAUCCAGGGCAGGCUUUAGGUACGCUUUAGUUUUAAAUCAUUAAAGAUAUGCUCGACCUCGUUUAUGUCCAUGGUACCAUCGUACGUACCUUCUACUAUCAACCAGAUGAGAUAGGGCUUUGAAAGGUCAGAGUCAGUCUCCUCUUUCUUUUAGGUCGUUUAGCAGUUCCCCAACCAGCUUUCUCCCCGAGAAAGCCUUCCUGAGAUUAAAAGAAAAAGGUUUGAAGGUGGGAUCAGUGAUAGUUCGGAACCAGCAAAGGGAGGCUGAAAAGCCGUAGUGCUAACGCACGCCCUGUAGUUUUGAAGCAGGCUUCGACAGCUGCGAGCUCCGCGUCGAAAAGCGAAGCGAGCCGCGCUAGCGCGCUACUCUUCCUUUAUGAGAUGAGCGAGACUCUAUCCAAAUCUACUGAUCUAAGAACUCCGCGAGCGAACUGAGCGAGCCAUGAGGCGCCUAUCGGCAAGGCUUGGAAAAGCCUUAAGUUUAGGCUUAGGCUCCCUUCCUUCACUGAACUGAUUCACCCGGGUCCAAACCUGCUGAGCUAGCUAAUUUUUCCUUUACGAGAUCUCGGCUCUUCGGAAUGAUUGGAGAGAGCCCCGCCUCCUCUUGGUUGGUGCCGGGCCCGGGACUACUUCCUGAAAGAGCCUUUCGUUCGGGCCGGCAGGAGGGGCCCUGAUCUAUCAAUUGAGGGAGCAAAAAACAGGCUUUGCUCCCCUUUUUUUAAAUGAAGAAAGAAAGAAGGGUCGAAGUUUAGACCGCUCACAGUAGUUCUACCCAUAGAAAAGAUCAUGAAAGAGGCGAUCAGAAUGGUACCCGAAUCCAUUUACGAUCCCGAGUUUCCAGACACAUCGCACUUCCGCUCGGGUCGAGGCUGCCACUCGGCCCUCAGACGGAUCAAAGAAGAGUGGGGAACCUCUCGCUGGUUUUUGGAAUUCGACAUCAGGAAGUGUUUUCACACCAUCGACCGACAUCGAUUCAUCUCAAUCUUGAAGGAAGAGAUCGACGAUUCCAAGUUCUUUUACCCCACUCAGAAACAGUUUUCCGCCGGACGACUCGUAGGAGGUGAGAAGGGCCCUGACUCCGUCCCAAACAGUGUACUACUAUCGGCCCUAUUAGGCAAUAUCUACCUACACAAGCUCGAUCAGGAGAUAGGGAGGAUCCGGCAGAAGCACGAAAUUCCUCUUGUAGUGAAAAUAAGAUCGGUUCUAUUAAGAAUAGGUCGUCGUAUUGAUGACCAAGAAAAGUAUGGAAAAGAAGCAAGCUUCAACGCUCCCCAAGACAACAGAGCCCUCAUAGUGGGGAGGGUAAAGAGCAUCCAACGCAAAGCGACCUUUCAUUCCCUUGUUUCGUCGUGGCACACCCCCCCCACAAGCACCCCCAGGCGAAGGGGAGACCAGAAAACGCCUUUCGUUUUCCCUCCUUCCCUAGCCGCCUUCCUUAACAAGCCCUCGAGCCUCCUUUGCGCCGCCUUCCUCAUAGAAGCCGCUGGGUUGACCCCGAAGGCCGAAUUCAAUGGUAGAGAAGGCUUUAAUAAGAAUUUGGCCAUGAGAGACCUUCUUAAGUAUUGCAAAAGAAGGGGCCCGCUGAUAGAGCUGGGCGGGGAGGCGAUACUAGUUACCAGGUCAGAGAGAGGCCUGGCCCGUAAGCUGGCCCCCUUUAAAAGCCAUUCCUUAUUAAUAAGGAUUUGUUACGCGCGAUAUGCCGACGACUUACUACUGGGAAUCGUGGGUGCCGUAUUUCUUCUCAUAGAAAUACAAAAACGUAUCACCCACUUCCUACAAUCCGGCCUGAACCUUUGGGUAGGCUCCGCAGGAUCAACAACCAUAGCUGCACGGAGUACGGUAGAAUUCCCCGGUACGGUCAUUCGGGAAGUCCCCCCGAGGACGACUCCCAUACAAUUCUUGCGAGAGCUGGAGAAGCGUCUACGGGUAAAGCACCGUAUCCAUAUA